GGAAAAGGAAAAAGGAAAUUUUAAAAAGAAAAUUGAAAAAAGAAAAAGAAAAUUUAUGAUGAAUAUAGGACAGAGAGAAAAGGAGGGGAAUUUAAUCAAAUUGGAAUAUAUUUCUACGAUUUCACUAUCGAUUCCUUCAUAACUUAUCUAUUCAGCAUUGCUUUCAGGAGCCUUUUUAUUUUUAUUUUUUGGGUUUUUUUUUCUCUCUUCAAUUUCACCGAAACUGACUUUGAUCACAUCCUCUCUCUCUUUUUCUUUUGAUUUUCUGAAAAAUUUUCCCAUUCUAAAUCGCCCCAUCAGUUGUGUUUUUGUGUAUUUAUUGUUCUUGGCUUUGAUUCGUCGAUUUCGGUUGAUUUUGAUUCGAAGUUAACCAGAGGAAGAACAACAACAAGAACAUAUCUGUUUUUAUAGAAAAUUGCGUUACCGAUGCCCGAUAACAGUGAUAAUAACAAUAAUAAUAGGCAGGUUAAGAGCAAUGCUGUGCCAAAUCAAUCUCCUGAUAAUAUUGAAGAUGCAAUUUGGCGGUUGAAAAUCCAUGAUAAUCAAGAGCAAGGUGUUAUGGCUCCAUCAAGUCCGUAUCCAGAUCGUCCUGGUGAACCAGAUUGUGUGUAUUAUCUAAGGACUGGAUUAUGUGGUUAUGGAAGUAACUGUCGUUUUAAUCAUCCUCCUGCUGCACAGGGUACUCAAUUUAGAGAAGAGCUUCCAGAAAGAGUUGGACAGCCCGACUGUGGGUACUAUUUAAAGACAGGGACUUGCAAAUACGGUUCAACAUGUAAAUAUCAUCAUCCAAGGGACAGGAAUGGUGCCGGGCCAGUCUCAUUUAACAUUCUUGGUCUUCCUAUGCGCCAGGAUGAAAAAUCAUGUGCUUAUUACAUGCGGACUGGAUCAUGUAAAUUUGGAGUGGCAUGUAAGUUCCACCAUCCCCAGCCUGCACCACUUGGAGCUGGGUUGCCUUUGACUGAACCUGCUGAUUCUGGGCCCUUGGGAUCAUCAACUGCACCCUCAUCAGGCCUGCCUUAUGUAGGUGGACUUUCUACAUGGUCAUUACUAAGAGCACCAUAUGCAUCUGGCCCUUGUCUACAGGGCCCACAGGCAUAUAUGCCCGUUGUUCUUUCUCCUUCUCAGGGUGUUUUUCCAGCACAAGGCUGGAACACCUAUGUGGGAAACUUGAGCCCCAUGUCUUCUGCCAGUGUUCUGGGAUCCAACCUUGCUUACAACUCUAGGAAUCAAGGUGAGUCAGGAUCUAGUGGGCAAGUACAAUUGCUAUCAACCACCAACACUAAUCUUCCUGAGAGACCCGAUCAACCAGAAUGUCGGUAUUUUAUGAACACUGGGACCUGCAAAUAUGGAUCUGAUUGCAAGUAUCAUCAUCCGAAAGACAGAAUUGCACAACUAGGAACAAAUCCUGUUGGCCCACCUGGUCUUCCCUCGAGACCUGGGCAACCUAUAUGUUCAAACUACAGUAUGUAUGGACUCUGCAAAUUUGGUCCAACUUGCAGAUUCGAUCACCCUUUCCCUGGAUAUCCUUAUAGCUACAGUUUGAGCUUGCAGCCUUUAUCUAUAUUUGAUUCCUCUCUCUUGACUUAUCCAAGAAUAUCGCCCCCAGCUCUUUCAUCUGAAAAUCCUGUGUCCUUAUCAUCCAAAUUUCCUGAUUGGGUCCGGAAUCCUGAUGGUGCAAGUAACAAGAAGCAUCAAAAUUCAGAUACAAAUACAAGGAUUUCUGAUGAUCAACCUGAGCAGGCCAGUUCUCCACCGCCACACUCCUCACAGGAUUCUUCAGAACCAUCACAUGAUUAAUUUUGAGUUGGUUGAGAUGACUUAUUUCUGUUUUGUUGAUACAUUUUGAUAUUUGGUACCCUUAAAAGGAGAUUUUUGUGGCAUGUACCUCCUGGCCCCCUUUUUCACCUGUGAUUCUGCAGAGUGUGAUAGGUUGUUUUGAAAUCAAAUGUGAGAAGCAAAAUCUUUUGGGGUGGGGUGGGGUGGGGGGUGGGGGGUACUGGAAGGCAAUUUUUUUGUUGUGAAUAAAAUGCAGGUGAAAAUUUGUAAUAUUCCUUCCAUGAAUGUGCUCUCUUGGUUUGAAUUAUAUCCAUUUGUAAUGAUGAAUGUUGUGGUAGAAUAUUAUGAUUUCUGUUGCUGGCAGUUUUGCCCUUUACAUGAUACAGCUGAAAUCUUGGCUGUAUGCAAUAAUUUUGCUAUGUCCACAGGGCUAAUUUUGUUGAAGUCAUACAGCUGAAUAUUAUGCUACUGUGAUAUAUCAAGUAAAAUAAAAUCAGUAAUUUUGUUGAAGAUAGAAACUUAGUAGUUUAAAUUUAACUGAAGCUGCCAUACUAGGCAUGAACAUUUUAAAUUCGGCUUUUGGACCAACUUUCUUUGGAUGAGCUUCGGCUCGACUUUAGCUAGGCUUCCUUCGGUCACGUGUGAGUUUUUAACAGUAAUGCCUUCUUUUUUUUAAAAAAAAAAGGAAAA